GUUCUUCUGUAAAUGAACUUCAGAGCUAUGAGACAAGAACACAGCCUCAGUAUUCUUAGAAAAUGGCGCCCUCGUGUGGUGAAAAUGAACUGUCGCAGAGAUAAGCGUUGGAUAUUUCGAUUUAUGCACGGUGAAAAAUAACAACAAUCAAACUGUUUAACCACAUAUGUGGUUGUAUUUGAAAACAUCAGGAGGUUUCGCGUAUUUGAGAGCGAAAACUUUUUUUUCAGGAAUUCCAUCAUCACUUGAAUUAUUUUGAGUUUCCUGUGACGACACUUGGCAGAGCACUCGCACGAAUUAUCUGUCAGUAUCAUUCGAUAGCAGCAGAUCAAAAUGGCCCUAAAUAACUUGGCAUUUUUUGCUUUGUUGGUUGUAACAUUAACAGUUACAUUGGCCAGUGCCAAUGAGCGAACGAAGACUGUGGAAUUCAACGUAAAACCCGGUGGAGCGGUGCACACGUUCUCCGAGAAAAUGGUAAGCGAUAUGGAGAAAAUGGUAAGCAAUAUAGCUAGCCACAUAAUUCAGCUAACAAAUAACGUUAGUACUGUACUACUAGGCAGCUAGUGAAGUCAUGUAUGUUGCAUUGUGUACCAUUUUUGCUCCGACGAGUUGUUGUAGCAAUUAGAUAAUGUUGUAUGUGGCACAAAAAUGCAUACGAAUUGACGUGUUAGCCAGGAUGCUAACUAAGUUAUUUGCCGGGUAUAGUUCCCUGCAAACUAUCUUGCGGUUUAUUCACAUAUGGUAGCUAAUUCAAAUAACAGCCAAGUAUAUGAUGGCACCACUCACAAAUUAAAUAUUAUUGAAACACUAUGUCGAUAAAAAAAAAAAAACAUAUAUAUAUUUUUUUUAAGUAUCUGGUCGUCGCAUGAUGAUGAGGAACCGACCUCUGAUAUGCUGACACGUCAGUAUCAGAGUGCCACAAGGAGGCUAUUCAUUGGCCUAGAAUAUAUCUACAUUUUCCCACAGAGACGCAAUCAAUGUUGUCUUUAUGUUCAAUCACAAAUAUACAAUAGUAACAUAUGCAUGUGAAAAUCAAAUGCCCCUUUGUAUUACAAAUUGCAGAUGUUUGAAAUAAUAAUGAGCUAUAAAUUGUUUGACUCCCAAACAUCCCAUUUGACUUCCAAACACUUAGGCCUACAAAUAAAUAACACAAAUGUGUUUUGUCUUUUUUAAUGAUGUUCAUUCCUGGCUCAAUUUAAUCAUGAAGCUACUUUCACAGAGAGAAUAUGAAUGUUCAUUCACGUAUGCAUCACAAGGGGGAACCAACGAGGUAGGUUGUAUCCUGAUCAAAGUUUAGGUUGUUUCAACCUAAUAAAUAGGUCAUUUUAUUCUAGUCUAGAGUUGAAACAUAUGCUACCUGUGGUAAACUGAUUAAUAGGUUUCUAGUGUGCAGUUUAAAAGUAAAACUCUGAAGUAGAUCAACAGAAAGUACAUUUAAACCUUUGUCAUACUACUCACAUACCUAAAGAAUACAUCAUCAAAAUAAUAAUAUUAUAAUAACAUGUUUUCAUGUUGUGUUGUUUUAACAGCAAUGGCUGAUGAGUGUGGGCCUGAGCGAUGAUGACAGUCUGUUCUCCUGCUCAGUGUGGAGGUACGCUGUAAGCCCUGGUGUGAGGUCACACAGAACAAUAGAAGUUAGGCUUCAGAUAUAUCCAUGUACACUGAAUGACUUAUUCAUUCAAGUGCCGCCUGGUGGUCAUUCACCCGAGAUAUCUCCGGCCAAUCAGUUCCAGUUUUUCAUCUUGGCUUUGCCUAGUGAAUAACUAAUAGCAGAGUCAACAAAUGUCAGUAGUGACUUAAUCCCUAUCUUCAUUUUUGUUGAUUUUUCUCUUCCUCGUUGUUGACAGACCCCAGGGGAAGUCCUACUUGUUUUUCACACAGUUCAAGGCUGAGCUGAAAGGAGCCAAGAUUGAGUAUGCCAGUGCAUAUGUAAGUAUCCACCAUAUACAAAUGGGUCAUGUAAUUUGCUAUCCUAUCUGCAUUUCUACAUAAUAAUGCAUUAGAGCAAAAUCUUUGCUGACAUGUUUUGUGGUGUAAAGUAGAUAAGGUAUCUGUCCAAUAUCAGCAUAUUGUCACUGCAGCAUUGACCUGUCUUCUCCUCUGGUCUCCUGGUACAAGUGCACUUCUGUCUGUCUCAGUGAUAAUGAGCUAGAACUGCACAUCCCCAUGGAAACAUGUCUUCUGCAUUUACUGUGUGUACCUACCUACACAUUUUUAGACUUCUGUCUGUCUUUAUCCUGAUUUACUGGCAAUCUAAAUCAAAGCUAAUAUAGGGCUUUAUAUGGGUAGAGAUGAUAAAAUAGAUUGUCAUGGCAACACACAUAGGUAUUUGAGAGAACAUUAUAUUGCAGUCAGAGAGUACAUUGUUACCAUGUUGCAUUCAGAUCUAACCAUCUAUUCUUCUCCCAAGAGAAUGCUGCCAUGUUCAGAGUACAGACAACUAUCUCAGACUAGUGUCACAUCACAUGUACAGUGAGGGACAAAAGUAUUUGAUCCCCUGCUGAUUUUGUACGUUUGCCCACUGACAAAGAAAUGAUCAGUCUAUAAUUUUAAUGGUAGGUUUAUUUGAACAGUGAGAGACAGAAUAACAACAAAAAGAUCCAGAAAAACGCAUGUCAAAAAUGUUACUCCAGGACCUUAAUGUGCUUCUUCUUGAGCCACUCCUUUGUUGCCUUGGCCGUGUGUUUUUGGUCAUUGUCAUGCUGGAAUACACAUCCACGACCCAUUUUCAAUACCCUGGCUGAGGGAAGGAGGUUCACACCCAAUAUUUGACGGUACAUGGCCCCGUCCAUCGUCCCUUUGAUGCGGUGAAGUUGUCCUGUCCCCUUAGCAGAAAAACACCCCCAAAGCAUAAUGUUUCCACCUCCAUGUUUGACGGUGGGGAUGGUGUUCUUGGGGUCAUAGGCAGCAUUCCUCCUCCUCCAAACACGGCGAGUUGAGUUGAUGCCAAAGAGCUCCAUUUUGGUCUCAUCUGACCACAACACUUUCACCCAGUUCUCCUCUGAAUCAUUCAGAUGUUCAUUGGCAAACGUCAGACGGGCCUGUAUAUGUGCUUUCUUGAGCAGGGGGACCUUGCGGGCGCUGCAGGAUUUCAGUCCUUCACGGCGUAGUGUGUUACCAAUUGUUUUCUUGGUGACUAUGGUCCCAGCUGCCUUGAGAUCAUUGACAAGAUCCUCCCGUGUAGUUCUGGGCUGAUUUCUCACCGUUCUCAUGAUCAUUGCAACUCCACGAGGUGAGAUCUUGCAUGGAGCCCCAGGCCGAGGGAGAUUGACUGUUCUUUUGUGUUUCUUCCAUUUGCGAAUAAUCGCACCAAGCUGCUUGGCGAUGGUCUUGUAGCCCAUUCCAGCCUUGUGUAGGUCUACAAUCUUGUCCCUGACAUCCUCGGAGAGCUCUUUGGUCUUGGCCAUGGUGGAGAGUUUGGAAUCUGAUUGAUUGAUUGCUUCUGUGGACAGGUGUCUUUUAUACAGGUAACAAGCUGAGAUUAGGAGCACUCCCUUUAAGAGUGUGCUCCUAAUCUCAGCUCGUUACCUGUAUAAAAGACACCUGGGAGCCAGAAAUGUUUCUGAUUGAGAGGGGGUCAAAUACUUAUUUCCCUCAUUAAAAUGCAAAUCAAUUUAUAACAUUUUUGACAUGCAUUUUUCUGGAUUUUUUUGUUGCUCUUCUGUCUCUCACUGUUCAAAUAAACCUACCAUUAAAAUGAUAGACUGAUCAUUUCUUUGUCAGUGGGCAAACGUACAAAAUCAGCAGGGGAUCAAAUACUUUUUUCCCUCACUGUAAGUUGCACACAGAGUUCUAAGGCAGUGGUUCCCAAACCGGUUUGUGCUGUGACCCAUCCACUAUACGUUUUUGAUAUCUCCCUCUGAUCUACUAACUAAACUAGACCAAUGUUUGUAGUCAUGACCCAGUUUCUUACCACAUCUUCACACAAAUCAAUGGCAACCCGCCAGUGGGUACCAAAACACCAUACAGGGAAACAGUGUUCUGAGGAGUCUGUCAGGCGAGGAGGCUUUGUACAUCACAGCACAUACACUGCUCUCCCACAGGCCUCUUCUUGAACAUCCUCCCUCGCAAGGACAAAGCCUCAGACAGAUGCUGUCAGAACAGAACCGUUCAACCUCUCCUCCUGACGGCACUGUCCUCUGUGAAAAGACAGAGAAAAAAACAACACUCACUAAACAUUGGGAUAAAAAUAACCAGCGCUUCUGAGAAGCAGAGUAUCUCCUCGACCUUGUCACUCCACUGUAACUCUCCUCUGUUGUGAUGACUUUCUCUCUUUUCCAUUCACACUUUCAUCCCCUUGUUUGUUAUCCUCUGCUCCCAUCUCUCCCCGUCAUCAUCUCCACAGUCCCAGACUGCAGCGGGAGGACAGAGGGAUGUGACUUUGAAGGAAGAUGAAUUCACUGUGGGGGAUUCUACAGGUGAGAUGACUAGUCUGCUUACUGCUGAUCUACUGCACUCCGUCUGUCUGUCACAACAGAUCAAUACUGUUCUUGUUUUUUUACCUAUUUGUCUGGAAUGAAGCGUUUGCGACAAGUGGAUGGAAUUGAUGAUGGAUCUAUACUUUGCUGUUGUUGACAUUGUGCCAAUCUGAAGAUUAUAACAACCUACUACCACUGGCGUACCACACACUUCCGCAGCCAAUGCAAGGCGGGGGGGUCCACGGGUAUUCAUAUAUUUUUGGGGAGGGGUUUGGGGGCCCCCUGGAGGUGCGCCCCCCCCCCCCCCAGAGAGCAUAUGAACACGUUAUAAGGCAUGGUAAAAAAUAUAUAUAGAAUUACAGGAAGUUUGCUGUAAAACUGCAAAAUUUGCGGUACGCCAAUGUUUACUACUAAAUGUUGUUUUUUCAUUGAAUGUUGUACUUGAGUUAUGAUGUAGUAACUCAUUUCCUCUCCCGUCGCCCUUCCAGUGACCCACAAAGACGGGAAGUUCCGCGCUGAGCUCUCAAAACUUACUAUUAUUGGCCGGACACGACACGAUGAGCUCUGAUUGGCUGGAUAUCCAAAUGACUGUUGUAAUAUUGUCCAAUGGUGACAUCCAUGCGAGCUCUCAAGGCAGGACAUUGUGCUCUACUGUCGACAACAGUGGAAAAUGAAGGACGAUAUUCAAGCAUGAAGGACGAUACAGUAAUGGAGUGACAGCCUUAGAGCUUGGUGGUCUACAACUAUGCUGUUGAAUAUAUCUAUUGUUUUUUAGUUAGAGGAUUAUGGCUUUACAGGGAAAAUUCAUUAUGUUCCAUAAUGUAUGAGAAUGUAUCUUGGGAUGUCUGAUGUUAACGGGUGUGGAGAGAUGUAGGGUCAGAGGAUUUAUCGGUCUAAUGCUAAGCCAGGGAAAUGUGAGUAAUCUAUUGUCUUCAUCGUGCGCACGUUAACAGAUAUACAUUUUUUCCAAUCUGCUUCUUCUCUAAGCAAGUGAAUGCUUAAUACAGACACUGUAGAGCAGGGAGCCCCAGUUAGAGCACCUGAUUCAACCAACCAAUCAUCAUUCAAUGCAGUUGAUUUAGUUUUUCUCACUCCUACCGACAGUCUUAAUGAAGCUAGGUGGAGCUUUAGAACAGAAGCUUAUUUGUCCCACCAGGAUUAGAGACAUAUUGCCUUGAUGUAGAGGAUAGUAAGCUUGCCAGCACGUACCAGGUUCAUCCCUGUCGGUCUAGAGGAGGCCAUCCCUCAGCGUUGAUAGUGGAGUCCCUUGGCUCCCAACAGGAAAUACUACCGGG